AUGGAGACCUUUAAAGAAAGUUUCGGCCGACUUGCAUCAACGCUUCCAAUUUCCAUCGCUUGGGCAAGAGACGUGGCCUUCCAGUUGGGAGGAUGGAAUAAACCCGGAUGCGCAGACGAAAUAGAAGGACCUGGGGGAAUGGCAUCGGAAACCAGCAAUACAUUGGCCAAGGACCUGGAAGAAGAUUCGACCAAAAGUAUUUUGGUCGAGGAAAAGAGCAUCACAAAGACUGAGGAGCGAUUUGGGAUGGAGACCUUUAAAGAAAGUUUCGGCCGACUUGCAUCAACGCUUCCAAUUUCCAUCGCUUGGGCAAGAGACGUGGCCUUCCAGUUGGGAGGAUGGAAUAAACCCGGAUGCGCAGACGAAAUAGAAGGACCCGGGGGAAUGGCAUCGGAAACCAGCAAUACAUUGGCCAAGGACCUGGAAGAAGAUUCAACCAAAAGUAUUUUGGUCGAGGAAAAGAGCAUCACAAAGGAUGAGGGUAAAAAUAUAAACACCUGUGGGCCAAGGCGGAAACUUGGAGUCAACCGAGGCGGCUUAAGUAAGACGCAAAUAGCGGAAAAAGGACGCGUACCUUCCUUAAAAGAGGUGGAGCUCUUGAAAGACCUAAAUGAAAUUGGAUCCGAUUCAUUGCUUCUUGAAUUAAGAAAGCAAUCCGGUCAACAACUUGGGAUGAAAAUUGGUAAAAGAAGCCGGGGAGUGCUUGUAACGGGACUACAGCCAGGAAGCGCGGCUGCGGAAAAGCUAGAAGUACACGAUAGAAUCAUGGCCGUCAACGCGAUUGAAGUCUCUGAUCAGCUUAGUGCCGAAGAGCUGAUGUCAGAGACUGGUCGCGUGAAUGAAACAAAUGACGAGUGCCCGAUUUGUCUGAGUGAGAUCGCUGAUCCCUCAAUUCCUGGAGGCUGUCGGAACAAUCCGGGGCACAAGUUUUGCUUUCUCUGUCUGCGAAGAUGGUACAAGAAUAAUCCGAACUGCCCUCUUUGUGGGACUCCGUCAACUUUGAUUCGCCACCGACUCUCGCAGAACAGCGGAAAUGGCAUAAUUGAACCCCUUACCGAGCUGAAAAAGGAAUUUCUCAAAGAAAAGAUCAAAGAGGAAUCCGAGAAAGUGCCUCUGGAUGUGGAGAAACAAAUGCUUCACAAACACUACCGUUAUCUAAACACAAGGCUCAACACAGAUGAUCAAGCUAUGGAAAAAGAAAUAAAAAUAUCUCGGCAAGAUGAAAAAAUAUUCAAGGAGAGGGAGCAAAAUAGGCAAAGGUUAGUACAAGCCAUCAACAUGGCGAAAAGCCUCGAGGAAGCGUGCGUGAAUGGGUCUAUUACUAGGCUGGAACUCAAUAAACAUCCAUUAUUCCGUGGCAUGGUCUAUGCUCAUCAUUUGAAACGCCAGAACUUAUUUGAAAACGAGCAAAGACGGAGCUUUACUCCACAAAUGGCUCGAGACGAGCUCGUCGUUGACCCUGACCGACUACGAAAUUGGCUACGCAAAGAGAUACCAAUUUUUCUGGAUCGGCCAGUUGACCAAAUUGACAAUUUUGAGGGAAUAAUUGAGUGCAUUCUGCAAGCCACACAACAAGGAUACAUUCACGCUCCCGAAUUUGAAAAAGCUUGUCGCCUAAAUUUUCGUGAAUCGCGCGAGUCUUUGGAUACUUUUUGCAACGAGUUCUUUGAUUUCGCCUCUUCGCAAUACUCGAUGAACACGUUUUUCCAGAAUAGUCGCUAUAGAAGCCGUGAAUCUUCUCAAAAUUCAGAUCGAGGUCAGCAAGAAGUUAUUGAAGUUGAUGAUUACAUCCCGAUUGAUAACAAUGUACAGAUUGUGAACGCGGGACAACCAAAUCAAACAACCGAGUACUCGAACUAUUUUAUUAGACAACAACAAGGUCUCCGAGCUCGAAUGCACCAUCCUCUUUUACAAGCACCAGCCUAUGAUUGCUUUGGAAUCUUGCUUAAUAAACCUCGAGAAGCUUCUCGAAAUUUGGUGGACGUUUUACAGAAUAUGCUUGCCAAUAAUUCAUCGGUGUUGCCGAUCAACUUGUCCACGGGAAAGAAGCAUUUAUCGAUUGCCGAAGGGGAAAACUACGACCACAUGAAGCUUCCCGCGCCAGGCGCCGACGCUGAUAUUCUGCGACGAUGCAAAGAACGGCGGAAACGCCGAAGGAAUAGAAACUACUCGGAGGCACCUAGUGACGAAGAUACUGUUAACAAAAGAGCUCCGGAAAGCCCACCACAAGAAUCUCUGGUUUGGGGCGAUUCGAUUUCACAAACCACCAAUGGUUCUCAUCAUACAAGAACCCAUGAAAAGACGACAGGAAGAAGACAAGUUGAAUAUGAUUGUCCGCGUGAGCCGCCUCCCAUGGAGAAUCGUUGGCCGACUCAACGUGAAGGGCAGAUCCCGGCAUCGGAGCAGGUGAAACAGGGAGUGUUGAAGAAAGUUUCUAAAACAGUGUAUUGGAUGCUCCAAAAUCUACAGGGCCUGAAGAGCGAAUUAUGGAAAAGUCGACAACGCAUCGCCGAAGUCGAGCAGCUUAACUCGACACCAAAAAACCUCAAAACAUUAGCAACAAGGCGAAACCCGAAGAAAGCAGCCACUUCGAAGAAUGAUGUCAGCUGUCAUUGGAUCAUUCCCGGUGGCUCC